AUGAAUCUUUUGACCUGAAUCUCUCACGUUAUCUUGUUGAUUCAAUUAUGCUGCUUCCAGGUUUCCAAGGAGGGUAAUUCACCAUUUACUUAUGUAAUUGUUGACAGCCAAACGAAAACUCGUACUUGUAUUCACUCCCCUGGGCAUCCACCCAUGACUCCAAAUGAGCUUUCCCGGUCAAGUUUAGCACGUGCUUUGGAUGGAGCAAGGAUUGUCUAUUUUGAUGGAAUGCUGUGUGAGUGUGACACUGCCUUAGUUAUUGCAGAAGAGGCAACUCGCAAGAACAUACCUAUUUUAGUUGAAGCAGAAGGGAUAAGGGACGGGUUAGAUGACCUUCUAAAAUUAGCUACUUAUGCCAUAUGCUCGGCAAAAUUUCCAAAGGCAUGGACGGAAGCACCAUCUAUUCCAAGUGCACUUGUAACCAUGCUUCUGAGAUUACCAAAUUUAAAAUUUGUGAUUGCAACAUUGGGUGAAGAUGGAUGUAUAAUGCUUGAGAGAAACAUAAAUGGGAGUCCUGAUUCUGAAGAGAUGGAUGUAGAAGUCUUAUUGGAGUUGCUGAAGCAGAGGAAGGAUGACAGUGCUGUCCUCCCGACCUGCAUUUCAUCGCCAGUGAUCCAAUUGACAGCAAAGGGGAUAGGGGAGGUCAGUGGCAGGUUAAUUGUGGGAACAGCUGAGAAGAUUCCUCCAUCGGAAAUUGUUGACACAACUGGUGCUGGGGAUGCAUUUGUUGGAGCAUCUCUUUAUGGUAUAUGCACUGGCAUGCCACCAGAGAAAAUGAUACCAUUUGCCUCUCAAGUGGUAAGUAGUAGUUACUGGAAUUAAAUGGCUUACCUUAAGUGUUUCUGCCCUUUUGUAAUGCUGUUUGCAGGCAGCUCUAGGCUGUAGAGCUUUGGGAGCCCGGACAGGUCUUCCACACCGGACAGAUCCACGCCUGGCAUCCUUUUUGUAAGGCUCCAGCAUAGCAUCCCCAUCACGGUAAAGGCAAAUUGGAAACUUAAGCCUCACAAGCAUAACACAGGUCCACAGAACCCUAAACAUCUCCAUAAUUAUGAGUUUUUUCUGUGGGCUUCCCCUUUUUUACAUAUUAACUUGUAAAGCUGCUUGUACAUAACUUAUAAUAAAAUUCCCAACCUAUCUUGUUCACUGUCGGAUUGGAUUCCCAUUUCGUACCCUGUUGUUUCAUUAGAAGUGCUUAUUCAAUUUGCAUUACUUGGCAUAAAUGGAUCUGGUCUUCAUUGAUGAAACAAUGUGAAAUGCCUCAGUUAUGAUUUCUUCUUUUUGUGUUUUUGUGUGACAACUGUUCUUUGCUGCUUCCAGAAUUGAAAGGGCUCAAACAUAAGACUUCCGACUCCUACCUGUUCUUUACUACUAGUCAUAACAUUACUGAUCUUGGUGACGACUGCGAUUACUGCCGAUGGAGGUACAGGAAUAUCCACGAUUUUUCAGUGAUUGAU